AUGAAUCCCUCGACACAGUCACUCGAUGUCACCUUGGAGGCACUUUCCGCCCUUUCGCUCAGAGGCGAGCGGAACCAAUUGGAAACUCUCAUACAUGACUUUCUUCUCCCAAACAUACAAAGCGGCCGCCGUAUAUCCCGAAUAUCACCAGAUGACCCAUUUUUCCAGGAGGCAAGACACAUCUGGGAAAGGGAAGGCUGGAAUGGAGAAGGCCUAUCAAACUACAUUACUUUGCUUUGCGGGAUAUUGAACUUUCCGGCUAUUCUGUUGCUCAACCCAAGUGGCUGGGACUAUCUUCCGUGGAACGAGAUGAUUGAGAACUCACCCACAUUGAUAUGGCUUGAACAAGCUUUGGAGCCCUGGGGCUUCACUUUGAGGGAUAUCAUCAUCAUUGAUACGUUUCCUCUGUUGACGGAUCGGAAUAUGAAUUCUAUGGAAGAUGCUGAGAAGCUGCGAUUAUCCAGCGAGGUGUUCAACCUGACUGUCAGUUUUCUCCACCGGUUUAAACCACCAGUGAUGGUCUCGUGUCAGUGUGCGACCAAAACAUCCCACCAUCGUUGGGGUAUUGUGGAACACCCAGUUGCUGCGCUCCUUUGCUCCUCGGUUGGCGGUGCACGACGUCGAGAAGUGGCCCAACUGUCUGUGAAUGAGCGCAUCAUUCAUGUUGUUCAAGGGUUUCAUCCUAUGUAUAUUGAACGCACGGAAGAUCCAGAAAUACGUUCAGGUCUUGAUGAAACUCUCCACAGCAUAAUAGAAAAACUCUACCGGCCUUGUGCGGAAUGGAAGGAUCAGCGUGACCGGGAAAGCCCGAACCUCAGAGGCGGGGCAUGGCCAUACAGACCUUGA